UGUGUGUGGGUUGGAUGUGCGCAGGCGGGUGUGCUGAUGACCGGGUCGUGUGAUUGGUCACCUCUGCCCACAGGGGGAUGCCUGGAUGAGACAGUGUGCUUUUAAAGUGCUGCUGCACAUAAAGCUGUUAGAGAUCCAUGAGGACAGAAGACGAAGAAGAGGAAGAAGAAGAGGAAGAAGAGACUAAACCAGGACUUCAGGAACAACCUCUCCAAAAAACGUGCGUAAAGUCAGAGAGGAAGAGGAGAGAGGAGAUGCCUCUGCCGACCGUGAGACAACUUUUUCUUUUAUGUUUGUUCUGGUUUCUUGGAUCUUGGAGCACAACAGAUGCCAGUGUUUACGAUCAGUGGGAGGAUGGGAUAGAGUUAAGGAAGGUUCGAGACAUCCAGAGCGAUGACUUGAGUGAUGUUUUAUGGGGAGACCAGGAUGAGGAGCAAGUCCAGAAAGUUUUCAAAAGAUUCCUGUUUCAUUACUCUAAAGCACGCAACUCCAUUGGAUCUGUGCAGCAACCUGUGCUCUCCAGAGGAGCCAACAAACAGAUGUCUCAUUCAGUUCAUCCUCUGAUGCGGCUUUUCCCCAAACUCUCCCAGAGGAGGAAGAAGAACAUGGUGCUUUUGAUUCGAGGUCCGCCGGAGGGGAUGUUGUAGAAGAAACGGGAAAUGACACUCAACAGAAGAGCAGAAAGGCUUCUUCUAUACAUGCCGACCACAUCUGAAUCUACGGCUGGAGCAACAGAAACAUCUCCGACAGAAACAUGACUUUUUGAUAACAGAAAAUAAAUUAUUGUACAGCUGGAAAACAUAGAACUGCACUACCAUGUGUCUCCUGCUUCCAAAUGUGAAUGAGUCAAUGUGAAGCGCUACCAAACACACACACACAACACAUGGGUAUGCAGAAUACAAACAACUGGAUUAACAGUCACACAAAUAACCCGAUAAAUGAGAAUAAAGGAGAAAGGAGGGCGUAGGUUUUUGUGGCAAAGAGCUGAACUCACAUUUAAUCCAACAGAUUUGAAUGUACAGGUACAUUUUGUGACAUAAUUAUCAUGAAAACGUAAUAAAAAAAGUGACAAUUUGUCUUUGACGCAUUUGUGAAUAUUCAGGUGAUGGAGUCGGAUGUUUUUUUUCCAGAUUACAAAAUGGUUUUCCCCCGAGGAAAUGUACUGGAGGCUGUGUGGUUCAACAACAAGGUCAUAGGUCCAGCCAAGUGCCCUCCAGCAGGAUGGAGUUCAACAUCCACCCACAUGGUUUAAAUAUGAAAUGUGUUUGCUGAUAAAGGAGACGCUUCCCGCUCUCCGUCCCCGCUGAAGGUCCUCUGAGUGUUUCCCACGCAGCGAUUCUGGAGCGAUAAACGUUUGUUUUCUAACAGUCCUCGUCCUCGGAGUCGCUGUCCUUUCGGGAAGGAAGCGAACUUCUGAUCGAUGACAUCAUCUUGUCUUCGAUUUGUUUCCGUGGGUUUUCCUCCAGGUCUGUCUUCACGGCGCCGGACUCUGAUAACCUCCACUCCAGCUCUGAAGGACGGACACAGGAUGAAGAGGAGAAGGCUUCAUUAAUACAAUUAAACUGAUCCUGCUGGACAAAUCCAAGACACACCUAAUACACAUUUAUUCAUAGCUGAACCAGUGUUUACAUCCUCUGAUCUUUAGGAUUUAAAUGCUUCUCUAAUGUCUUUUCCUACCAUCAACUUUGAGGUUCAUGCCCCCGAAGACGAGCGGCCCGAUGAACUGCGCCUUCAUCUCGCCCUCGCGGUACACGAAGAUGGUGGGCAGGUUGCGGUCGGGGUAGUUGGCGAUGCAGGUGGUGGAGAUGGACUUGAGGAACUUGGUCUGAGGGAACUUCCUGGCCAACGUAGUCAGGUGCUGGUUGAUGAGGGUGCACAGAGGGAUGCUGGGAGAGGAGAUGAACAGAUAGAAAGCUUUAUACACAUCUGUCAGGGCUGCACUUGCUGCUGGUAAAGGGCCAACA